GCAAUGGGACAGAGUGUAUGCGUCCAUGCAUCGUGUGGAUAGUGUAGGUGUGCUCUCCAGGAUGACUCGUCUGGGAUGCGUGGUGAGAAGGACGUACGCGGUUCCUUACCCAAAAUACAUGGUGCACAUUGACACCAAUCAUAAGCUCAUCCGAUACAACUUUGUUAUCUUUGGGGGUAUAGAUGGGUACUCCAGAAAGAUGAUGUAUCUUAAGGUAGCAGACAACAACAGAUCCGAUACCCACCUGAAAUUCUUCAAUGAAGCUGUGCAUGAGCAUGGAUUUCCUCUGAGAGUGAGAGGAGAUCACGGAGGAGAAAAUGUGGGGAUAGCUGAAUUAAUGUUCUCAGUUCGUGGAACUGACAUUAACAGCUUCAUUGCGGGGAAAAGCGUACACAAUCAGCGGAUUGAGCGCCUCUGGCGGGAUUUGUUCAUGAGUGUGACAGGAGUGUAUUACAAUAUCCUGCACUCUCUUGAAGACGGACACUUCCUAGACAUCAGCGACGUCCUUAACCUUUUCUGCUGCCACUAUGUCUUCCUACCGCGCAUUCAGGCCAGCCUAGAUGUCUUCAGCGAUGCGUGGAACAACCAUCCCAUCAGGACUGAGCAGAACCUGACCCCAAAUCAGUUGUGGCAAGUGGGCCAGGCUCUUCACCCUGUUGUAGAUCCGGAUCCUGAGGUAAUACCCAUCACAGAGAUUCAAUGGGAGGAUAGUGGCUACACAAAUGAACCUCGUCCUGGUGUUACUAUCCCUGAACUGGACAGUCCUCUUUCGGAGCUGGAAACCAUGGCUAUGCAAGACAACAUAGAUCCAUUGCAGCAAUCUGACUGUUUUGGAGCGGACAUCUAUAUUAACACUCUCCAAUACAUGCAGCACUUUCUUGAGGCCAGAUAAAAGAACAUGGGGCCGAACUAAAGUAGAACAUUAAUUAUUGUGCCCACAAUUCCCCAUAGUGACACAUUUGCCCCUACACAAGUCCAAAGCCAGAAUCUAUGGAGGUCAGGGCCAUCAUUAAGUCCUGCUGAAAACUUGUAUAGCUCUGGUAGUGGCUGGGGAGCUUCAACUUCAUGAAGCAAGUGAGAGCCACUGGAUAGGUAGAAGUUACAACUUCCACAUUCAUGUUUCCAGUUGGGCGUUCCCACCCAACCCAAAACUUGGUCAGGUCACGCAGCACAUCUGGAGUUGCUGUG